AUGUCUCGCUCAAGAAAACCGACAGAAGUUAAGGAGGUGAAAGACAAGGGAGCCUUCUUUACAGCCCGAACAACACAAAGUAAGCUUAUUGAUACAGGAGUUCAUGAUGGAGCAGACGCUGAGACAGAAGGUGAUACAAUCUCAGAUACAGAUAUAGAUCCUAAGCCUGCCCCUGCCUCUGCUCUUGCUCCUGCUACUAAACAAGUAGAGGCCCUCCUUACACCGAAGCUGUUACAGGAAAUGUUGGAUAAAGCAGUUAUUCAAAUGCAGACUGCAGUUGCAACUGCUAUUGCAGAUUUAAGAGAGGAUCUGAUUAAAUAG